AUGUCAACAGUCGGAUCCACGGUCGACAAACAACAUGACCUCCAUGGUCGAAUCGCCAGUGCCUUCGUCAACACCAAGAAGCUCGGAGCCGACAAAUUGAACAAGUUUACGCUGGACGCGCGGAUCAAAACCCUCGAGGCCAAUUGGACGCGAUUCCAAAAUAACCACGAAAGAUUGGUAGGCGCUCUAACGGACGAAGUCCGCCAACUCGCCUAUUUCACCGACAAUCUGUACAGCACGUGCGAAGAAGACUAUUUCGCGUCUACGUCAUCGAUUCUGCAGCUAAGGGAGUCGCUGGUCCCCGCUCAAAACGGCAACGGUGCUGACGACUCCGUCGCUCGCUCCAGCUCCUCCCGAUCCCUGCCCAAGAUCUGCUUGCCCAAAUUCACCGGGAACUACCACGAAUGGCCAGCAUUUUGCGACUUAUUUGACUCCAUGGUUGGCUCCAAUUCCGACAUCAACGCGGUAGAAAAAUUGCACUACCUCAGGAGCCAGGUUUCCGGAGACGCCUCUCGACUCAUCGCCAACAUCGCCAUCACUAAAGAGAAUUUCGCACGAGCCUGGACAGCCUUAACUUCUCGCUACGAAAACAAACGUCUUCUCGUAAAUUCUUAUCUCAAUCGUCUCUUCGAACUGAAACCGCUCACCCAGGCGACCUGCACGGACCUCAAGAACCUCCUCGCCACCGUAAAGGAGUCCCUGGGUGCUCUCGAAUCCCUCGGUGUCCCUGUCCAGCAAUGGGACGUCCUUAUGGUUUAUUUCGUGGCGAGAAAACUGGAUCCCAAAAUCCUUGAGGCCUGGGAACUGCAUUUGGGCGAGUCCACCGAGCUAGCGAACUUCUCGCAACUUGAGCUCUUCCUAGAAAGUCGCCUUCGCACUCUGGAAGCGGUCGGCUCGCGAAACUCAUCCAGCAAGGUCGCCGCCGGCCAAAAGCCAGCCUCCAAGCCAAAAGCAUCGGCAAGAGCGCUCGCCGCCGUAGCAACCAAUUCGACCUGCUCCUUCUGCUCAUCCGCUCACUACAUCGCGUCGUGUCCGGACUUCGCGACAAAAUCCGUCGUCGACAGACACGACUUCGUGUUGCGGAAAAGCUUAUGCUUCAAUUGUCUCGGUGCUCACCGCCUCAACGACUGCCGCAGCGUCAAACGAUGCCGUCGCUGCAAGAAACAGCAUCACACGCUACUUCAUCGCGAAGCAGCCUCACCUUCGCCGCAAACAAACGCCGCUAUUCAGAACAACGCGUCCGUGUCGCCGCCCGGUACAAACGCCGGCUCCGUGGCGUUUGCUCAUCUCGCCUCGUCGCACGUUACGAAAAGCACUCCGCCGGUCCUCCUCGCUACCGUUCGAGUACGUCUUCUCUCAGACGCCAAUCCAAGCCUCGUGGUUCGCGUUCUCCUCAACUAA